AUGCGCUCAGCCAAAAAAGGGGUAUCAGUAUUCAAUGGCAGGAGCUAUUUCCCAUAUAUUUGGCUUGUAUUUUAUGGGGUCUCCACUGGUCUGGUAAAAGGAUCCGCAUGUGGUGUGACAACAAGUCUAGUUGCCAUCAUAAACUCUAAACACUCCAAGUCCACCCAGGUAAUUGACCUCGUUCGAGCAAUCACACGUCAAACGCUCAAAUACAACUUUGCAGUCACGGCUGCUCACAUCCCGGGCUGAGACAAUUCUAUUGCUGAUUCACUUUCCCGUUUUCAGACGGACUGCUUCCGUACCCUGGCUCACUGCGCGUUUCCCCUAUAUCAGCGAUGAGCAUCUGAGAAUCGUGGAAAGUAUAGCGGUCAGGAGCCAAGAUUGGCGCAAAAUUUUGAGCUCCCACUUCUUACCUUAAUGAAUCGUUUUUCUACUGUCCUUUUAUUGGUAGUUUUCACUGAAUUAUGCCAAAAGAGACAGUUUCUUCACUAAAGCAACAAAUGCGAGAUUUAAAGGAUAAGGUCUUAAAAAGACUAAUGAUUGCUUAAUGUUAAGACAACACGGCGAGCGUGGAUUUGCGAGCUCUGAUGAAACGUAGUCAAACUGCAUCUCAUUUGAUGAUAACAAGCAUCAAUGAAAAUGAAAUGGUUAGCCAGCUGGUCUAAGAGAUUUUGUACAAUCCCAACUCAACUUACAAGGGUCGUGGGAUGAGAAAAACAAUGGAAAUCAACUUGUCUUCAAAUGCGGUGAUAGAUCAGCCACAAUUAACUGGUACAAUAAAACAUCGACAUUACAGGUCCAGGGCCCAAACAAGGAUCAAGUAACAAGAGAUACUGCGCAUUGGGCGAACAAGAGUUCCACUAAAUCGCCUCCAUCCUUUAUUGAUAUCAUUUACCAUCCAUUUCAUCGACUGUGGGCAGCGAAAAGUUGGAAGCAACUACUGAGGCUGAAUUAUGAUCUACUCUUUAUUAAAACGGAGAUACAUCAUGUGAAGGCUCCAUCUGCCUGAUGGAAGAAAAGUUGUCAAGAAGAUGAAACACAAACUGUCAAAUUUUCAAAAACGUUUGGAUGAACUCAACUCAAAAUUUUCAUCGACCUUAAAUGCAAAUGAGACUGUAGAAGUUACGGCGCGUGAAAACGCCAAGAAUGCAAUCAGCAGUGAAGAGGUUAUUAUCCAAGAAAUUAGGAAAUCCAAGGCAAGAAUAGUACAGAGUUCUCAAAACCUUGAAUGUCGGCCUAGUGAAAUUGUUCAAGAAGUUUAAAUCCAUUUGUACAUGAGGAAGCCCAUCAAGAAGAAAACCAAGAUGUUGAAAUCUACGAAUCCACAAGUGUGAAUGGCAAUCAUGAAGCCAGCGUUGAAAGUCUCGAGGGAGAAUGCAAUGGAGUGAGGAACCCAUCAAAGCCGAUUCAAGAAAUUGACACACUUAUUGUGGGCGAUUCCGCACAAUCAAAGAUAUCAAAUCAAACCUAG